AUGAGAAUUGGUUGGUUCCAUAAACUGGUGAACAAAUGGCCUGGAAAGAAAGUCUUUGGCAUGUAUAGAUUUCUACCUAUGUUUUUCGUUUUGGGAGCAGCAUUAGAAUAUUCUAUGAUCAAUUGGAAAGUAGGUGAAGUGAGUUUUUAUAACACUUUUAAAAAAAGGCAAGCAAAAACCAUUGUAGAAGAUAAAAUUAAGAAAUAUUCAACAGUCGUUUAAAAUGCCUGCCGGAGUUACUUGGGG